GAUCCUCGUGUCUAGCAUACUAAAGUCUGGUUACCGUUUCUCAGCUAAGCCACUGUUGGCACUGACCAACUCAAACCGUUGCACCAUGCAUUGCGUGAUAUCACGAUUUGUUGUACUUCUUGUUGCAUUCACUUACGUGUCUUCCACCAACAUCUUAGAGUUUUGGAACUGGGGACAUGAAGGAAGUGACUUAGAACAGAGAGAUGACAAUUCAGAUUCGACAGCCCUAAGAACUUGUAAAUGUGAUGGACCGUCUUGUAUGUGCUGCGUCGAUUUCAAUCUGACCUACAUCGACUUGGGAGGGCCAGGUUGUGUUCGAAUGAAAUACAUUUCGCAGGACGAAGGGAUUGCUGUUAACGUAUCCUAUGGGGAAAGUCUUCUUCACAGUGAGCAAGUGAAAGGCCCUAAUCCAGAGCCGACUUGUAUGGCCCUGUUGGCUAAUUUAGCGCAAGUGUGUGCCCGUUUUUCUGACUUACAGCCAUACAAUGAUGGACUGCGAGGUUGUUUACUAUUAGAGCCGAAAUUUCUAGGCGAUGUUACAACGAGUUUUAAUAUUGGAUGUUUUACGAUGGGACCCGAAGGCAUGAAACUGGAAGAAAGUGUUAAUUCCACGCUUACGACACUUCUCCAGCCCGAAAAAGGAAGCAACAAUGGGACGCAGAACGAAUCGGAAGGACUAAAUGAAGAGGAACUAAUAGCCGCUGUAAAUGAGUCGGCAGAACAAGGUCUUGUUUUCUUCGGGAAUCUACUAGGUCUAACUUUCGGAAAACCCGAAACCAAUGAGACUAAUACUGAAGCUGUCACUCCUGCCACAAAUACUAGCAUUGAAACUUCGACAUCUUCGUAGGAGACAUCACGUACUCCCAAACUUCACAAAUUGAUCAGAAUCCCUAAUCAUCACUCAUACUUAUUUAUUUCAUUAAUAAGUUUAUUAUUUAUUUAAUAAAAAAUUCUCUUGUU